UCCGUUUAUCGAAAGCUUUAACUGUACCCGAAAAGUAAUAAGUACUAGUUAGCAAAACGAAAGUAAAUGCUUUGACAUUUCUAGAAAGAAAUGGAUGAAAUCACGGUGAAUAAACUAGAAAAAUGUUCUGAAAAUGAAUUCGUGGAUUGCAUUGAGAACUUUAACAAAAAAAAUUCACAAUCGUUUGUCUUUCCUGAUCUUGGUUUCUCUCUAAAAAAGCGAUUGAUAUCUCUGCUCUUCAGUCGCUUGUCCCAGUGGCCUGAUGGGCGAAUCUCAUGCUUGGAGGCCAUUCGUAUCUUAGGCCGGGAUAAAGUGAAUUUAGAUCAACUUUUCACCCGUGAAAAUUUAGGCACAUUGGUGAAUCUGGCUGGUUUAGUUGCAGAAGAGGAGGAAAUUGCCAACCAUUGUACUUCAGUUUCGGAUCCUAGAGUGAUUAUAGAAGCCCAAAAAUGUCUCUGUAAUCUGAUCUACAAUUGCUCUCUUGCACAAAAAACAUGUAGCAAUAAUGGAUGUGUGGAAGGCAUUCUAUUGAGACUGCGAACAUACAAGGAUCCCAAUUUGCCUCAUGAAAUCAAGUUCUUUGACAUGAGAAUGCUUUUCUUGCUGACAGCUCUGUGUGCUGAAAUUAGACCAAAAGUGCGUGAUCAAUUGCAUGGUCUGACCUACUUGAUGGAAGUUCUAGACCUUAUCCUCAAAGAUAAUGUUUCUAAGAACAGUGCAUCAGGUACAGGCCGUCGCACUUUCAACAAAGGUAGCAGAAGGGGAAAAUCAAACCAGGGUCCGGAGGUUUGUACUGCACCAUGCCUUUCUGAUGAAGAAGUUGACACAGCUGUUGAAGUGCUUAAAGUAUUGUUUAAUCUCACUGUCAACACAGAGAAAUUUAAUUUAGAAGAGGAAGAAGAAGCACAUUAUUUACGUCUUGUGAGCAUUCUUCAUGACAUUCUGUUGAGCGAUACGAAAAAUCCAGAAAAAAGAGAUGUUCUCCAAAGUCACACUGUUGAUUUGCUGACCAAUAUGCCUGUGUCCAGCUAUGAGGAACUGAUGACUCCUGUGGUCAAGAUGGAUGAGGAUAACCCAAAUAUCUUUGAGGGUAUGGAUAUGGAAGCAGUGCAUGUACUCCUACAAUUUUUGGAAAGAAGAGUAGAAAAGACAUACAAAACUUAUAGAGAACCCUUAUCACCAAUUUUGACAACAUUAGUUGAAUGUUCUCACGCUCAUAGCACCAUCCGCAAAUUUUUAAAGAAAAAGGUUCUUCCGCCUCUAAAAGAUUUUUCUCAAAGACCAGAAGAAGGCACAGCUCUGAGGAACAGACUUGUCAAGCUGAUGACUUCUCCUGCUUUUGAUGUGAAAGAACUUGUGGCUGAUUUCCUUUUUGUUCUAUGCAAAGAAAAUGUGACUCGUCUUAUCAAGUACACAGGCUAUGGCAAUGCUGCUGGUUUGCUGGCUAAGCGUGGACUGAUGCUUGGAGGCAAUGGUGAUGGUAAUUACUCUAGUGACUCAGAAGACAGUGAUACAGAGGAGUAUAUCAAAAUGAGAGACAAGAUCAACCCAGUUGUUGGAUGCUACCAGGAGCGAAAACCCAAUCAUCAUCUGGAUGAUUUGACCGAGGAGCAGAGGGAAUACGAAGCCAUGCAGCUUGUUGAUAUGAUGGAUAAAUUGGCCAGUGUGUCUCUCAUAUUAUUUAGAGAGGGCUCAAUCAGACCGAUGCGUAUUGGAGAGGAUGGCAAGCCUAUAGCUAUAGACCAUAUUCUUGAAAUGCGGGAGGACCUGUUUAAAAACAAGGAUUGAAAAUAUGGAUUUCAACUCUUUCAUCCUAUUUUGAGCUGGAUCCCAUCCAUUGUCUGUUCUACAUCUCUUUUUUCUGUUUUUGGAGCCAUGUGUAGUGGGAAGGUCAAUUUCCAUUCUUCACCAAGUUACUCAACCAAUGGGUCGCAGUGGAUGUGAUAUAGACUAAGUAAAAUGUUGUCAAAAUUCAUUUUCUGACUUAUUUGUAUUGGCAGUAUUUUUCAUGCCACAGAUUAGUUUCUGUAGUUCUAUUAGUUUGUAAAAAAAAAAUAAUAAUUGUCUUAAUUCAUCUGCCUUUUUAAAUUUAAGUAUGAACCAUGUAUUUGCUUUGGAUAUAUUUUCAGCAAAAUUUAACCCUUUUUGAUACAUGAAAUGGUUUUAUUUUGAUUUGCAUAUAAAAUGGCAUUAACUUAUAAAAUAUACUUUUAACUCUGCAAUAUAAACAUCAAAUUGAAAUGUAUGUAUGAAGAUUUUUUAAUAAUUGCCAAUUGAAAGAAAGCUGGAACCAAAAUGUAUUUUAAAUAUUAAAGUAUUAUAUUAUUUAAAAUCAUCACCUUCUCAUUAUAUAUGGUCAACUUAAUUGAUUUCGAAUGGUGUACAUAAUAGCAAUUUUAAACUUUCUUUUUCAAAACACUGGCAUUUGUGCAAAGAUUUGUUUUUUCCUCCUUUGUUAUUUUAUUUGGAGGUUGAAAGUAUAUAUUAUAAUGAUUUAAUUUUAAUGUAUUUUUAACUGAUUUGUUCUGUGUCUGAUGUUUUUAUUCAUUUUGCUUCACUGAUAAGUUUCACUUUUUUCACCUUGAUUUUUUUCUCCUCAAUCAUUGAAAAUAAUGAUAUUUUUCUCCUCUUGAAAUUCGUCUUGUUGCCUAUAGUUUUAAUUAUUGCCCUAGAUUAAAGUGUGGAUUUUUAUAAUUAGCCUCAUCUUUCUCUGAUAUAGUUAACAUUAGUUCAUAGAUUCUGUAUCCAUUUUUAAACAUAGAUUGUAUAUUCUAUGAUAACGAUUUAAUUAAAGCUGUCCUAAUGGUAGAACUUUUAGGAAAUUAAAAAUUUUUUAAUUGUUCUACCACAUUUUAUAUCGCAGGACAUAUAUGUGUAAAAUAUAUCAAAUGAAAUUCAUCAUUUGGAGAUACCAAAUUUUUAAGUCUGGAUUUUAAUAUUAAUGAAAAUGAAACAAUGUUCUUUUUCAUUCCAAUAUUUAGAAUUAAAAGCUAAUCACAUCCAAUUAGUAGUAUCUCAUUUAUGAUUACAGUGUGUAGCUAGUCAAGAAAUUUAUUUAUUAAUCAAUCCAAAUUUCGAUUCCCGGGAUUAAAAUUUGACUUAUAUUCUAUAACCAUCCAUCUAUUCUUGUAAUUUAUAAAUGAAUACUUAUCUAUAGUGAUAAUUCAUCAGGUAAGAAAUGAAAUAAUGCUACAAAAUAUUUCUUUAUAGUUUUCGUUUAAAGGAGAGAAAAAAAAAAAAAAAGGGCGUUUUAUCAAAUUCUAAAUUUUUACUUAAUUAAAUGCAUGUUAUUCAUUGCUUUCCAUUUUUGCAAAAAAUUUUGUCACAUUUGAUAAGAAUACUGUAAAAGGAUGAAUGGUAGAAAUAAAGGAUAAUUCAUUUUUCUUCGUAUUUCAUUUUGUAGUAUUUUCUUCGUCAUUUCAUUGUUAUAUGAAAUUUUGGUGCAAUAGUAAAUGUUAGCAUUUUCAAUCGAGCUUCUAUGUCGUAAUGGUCUUUGCCAGUUAUUUAUAUGGGAAGUUAUGCAAAUUUCUUGACAGUAUCGUAACUAGGGUGGGGGAAUUGAAGAAUAAGGAAUUAGUAUCUGUAUUUUAAAUGGAAAUCAAUUUUGAAGGGUAGCUGUUUUUUGGAUGAAACUGUAUUUUUGUUAAACAAUUUACUGUUCCUACAUACAGCAUUCUUCAUGAACUAUUUCACCUUAUUUGAACUGUUGAUAUCAGUACUCAAGUGUAUUUAUUCGAAGGGUUUCUGAUAAAUUGUAAGGAUCAACCAGGCAUUUCAAAAGCUAUCAGUUUUAUAUUUGAAUAUACGGAAACAAAUGUCUUGUGCAUUUUAUUGCGAUAGUUCAGGAACUAAAAGAAAAAUCAAUAUAAAAUAAUUAUGAUUUGCAAUUUGGCUUUAUUGAAAAGUAUGCUACUUACUAUCACUGAAAAUAUUCUAAAUCUAUUUGUGCUCAAUGAGUGUUAUACUAAUUGAAAUUUACUUUACAUUUGGCACAAACUUAUAAUAAUUACUAGCUAUUAAUAAUAUCAAACUUUUAAUAACUUUGAGCUAGAGCAUGUAUACGAGGGCUGUCUAAAAGGUAUCCGAUAUUUGGCCAGGAAAAAUAUAUUACAAGUGACGAAUUCUGGACCCCAAUUCCCUUCAAACAAGACUCCUUGCACCUUCACACACCUAGCACACUGAUCCUUCUACUGCUGAAAACAAUUUCGGAAAGCUUCUUUUGGAAUUAUGUCCGUUUCUGCUGUCGUGGCCAUUUAUGAAUCGGUUAAAACACUUCUUCAUUUGUGUUACCUCCCACAGUAUCUUCUCCAACCAUUUGCUGAAUCUUACGAAUUGUUUCACUUUGAAAAUUGCCUAGCUUUUGACAAAAUAUGAUGCAGUUAUCUCAACUCAACUCGUUCAGUCAUCUUGAGGGAAAUCAAAAAUCUGACUCAGCAGGCAGCGACUGACACACUCGAAUACAGAGAAAAACUUCAAGCAUGCGCAUUAAGUUGUCUUCUUCCACUGUGCACAGUAGCACCACUCUAGCAUCCUUACCGUACACUGUAAAAUACAAGGUCGGAUACUUUUUAGACAGCCCUCAUAUGUUUGUAGUUCUUUCACAGUGUAAAUACAUUCCACUGUGAUCCAUUGAAUUGAAAGAGCUCCCAGUUUUCGGAUUGUAUUUGGUGGAUGCUCUCCUAAUUUGAAACAUCAUCAUUCAUGGCAUUGAAACCAUCCAAAAUAAUGUUCCCCACAAGCGUAUUACAACUUGGAAAAAUUUCGGUAAAGAUUUCUGCCAAAUUUCUUCAGCAUUUUACAUAAACGCGUUCCUGUUUUGAAAAGGGGGGGGGUCAUAGACUGACUACUCCGUCCCCCCCCCCAAAGGCACAUGUAGAAACUUGAAUGACCCGACCACCGGGACAGCAACACUGGCGGGAACUGUGGUUGAGUCCUAAGGGCCAUCACCCUUCCCUAAAGAACUACGUUCCGUCAUUGAUGGAAAGAGUUAGACUCCCACCUUUUCGUAUACCCACAGGGGUGGCGAGAUCCAGCCACCAUGUUGAAAGCUUCUCGGAAAAGGGGUGGGGGGUCCCUUAAUAUACUCAUUUACUAAACUAUUCGCCAAAUAAAAUUCCUCGGAAAAGAAGGUUAAAUGCUAAUUCUAUGUGAAUACUAUACAACAUGAUUACUGCAGAGUUGGUAGGGUAAGGACCAUAUUUCACAGCCUGGUCUAUCCGUAAAAUUUUUCAGAAUCCUUCCCAAAUGUUUUGUAUUAUUUAAGAUACAACUAAUUUGUUUCCUAAUUUACUAUGCAUAAAUGAUUAUUUUCAUAUAUUAUGUUGUAAUUAUAUUUGUUUUCGUUGUAUAUACUAUUUUAAUCUCAAUUUUCACUCAGUGUGAAUGAAUCUAUUUUAUAGUGUUUUAUAGACAUUUAAGAUAUUUAAUAUUCAAUUAUGCCAUUAGGCAGCCAUUAAUUUGUGAUUAGCCCUUGUUAUUCUGUGCUAUCUUUCUAGAAGUGUACACUUAUACAAAUGAAUGAAAACCGAGUUGUCUUCUAACUUAUGACUAUAUCUAUUAUUUAAGUGUGCUAUAUAUGCAUGGCCCCUCUGUUGGGAGGGCUUUUUUCAUAAUAAUUUAGUAUGUUGUGAGAAAAGACUAGAGAUUGUUGUGUAUUCUUCAAAGAAUAAGCCUGAGAAAACAACAAGGAAUAAAAUAUUUGGAUGUCUAGA